AUGGCUUGGGUCUUGGAAGCCUUGGCAACUUCAGGAAUGCCCAACAUUUGGCACACCUUGCAGGAUUACAUUCAAUUGUGGACUUGGCCUGGGAACUUGCCUGGUACCUCAGCUCUGCACAAGCUCUUCAGCAGCAAGAAAGUUGAGACACACAGAAAGCAUCAGAAGAUGGUGGUUUCUGCUUCAGAGCUUUUGAGGUAUGGCACUGGCCUGUACAACACCACAUGCUAUGAAGAUACCCUUUUGAAAGAAGUGACAGCUGACCACUUGUCUGUCCUCAAAGAAUCUGCAACAUACCAACCUGGGGCUCAUUUGCUGGCACCUCACCUGGCCUCCAGAAAGCUGCAAGCUUAUUUGGCUGAGACAGGUAUUGCCACUGCUCAGCACCAUUGCCAAGUCAGCAACUCUGCUAAGCUGAAAUGUGGAAGCACUUGUAAAGUGGGAGAUUAUGUGCUUCACAUGCUGCCACAAGCACCUGGAAGUGAUUUUGAUUUUUCAGCGGGAAGACUGGAAUGCAUUUUGCAACUGGGUUCUUUGAAAGUUGUCAUUGUCCAAGCUUUGACUUUGAAGGAGCAUUGCUGGAAGAAGAAGGUUGCCAAAUGGUCACCUUCCUUACAUAACCUCCAUGUAGUGGAGCUGGACCUGGUGGUUGCUGUGAUGGUUUUCAACAAAGGUUUGAAUGGGGACAUCACCACAUUGCUACCGCCCCACUUGUCUCAGAAGCACAAGUGA